AUGGAUGAAUGCGAGAAGUAUCCACUGGCGUUGGAUGUUAUAAAUCAUCAAAUGUACAAGGUGACACCCGAUGUUGUCUUCGUUUUCGGUUUCCGUACAAAUUUCGGUGGCGGCCGCUCCACUGGCUUUGGCCUGAUCUACGAUACUUUGGAUUUCGCCAAAAAAUUCGAACUCAAAUACCGUCUAGCCUGUCACGGCCUCUUUGAACAGAAGAAGCAGACCCGCAAGCAGCGUAAGGAACGUCGCAACAGAAUGAAGAAGGUCCUUGGUACUGCCAAGGCCAAGAUUGGUACAGGUAAGAAAUAGAGAUCUUAACAAUUCUGUCUGAAGCUGCUGUUUAUGCAUUAGUUACACUUUUUUACGUGCGGAACAAAAACGACACCUGAAAAUGGAUGUUUACUUUUGGAGCGGCUUUUGUCUUUCUUUAUAACUAAGUUAAAUAAAACUCUAAAAGUAAAA